AUGACUGAAUCGCCGGAGGCUUCAGUCCUUAGCCCUAUUCCUCGUCGAAUUCUCAAGGAAGCCAACCACCAGGAAACACUUGAAUUACUCGGCAAAAUGGAAUCAGAUUCCGGAAUACUCAUAUCUCUGAGUACUAGGUGCAUCAGUGAAGGAGCGAUAAGUAAGAAUCCUGCUGCCAACACCCACCUACAUCUGACAUCCCAUGAUUGCGGCCUACUUGGAAUCCCCAGCCCCGACGGGUGGGAAUGGCUUCUCUGCUCGGCCAGUGAGCAUACCAGGGAUAGUGAGAUUGCACUGUUCAAAGAAGAAAAGGAAGAAGCAGAUGAAGAAGAUGGCCACGUCAGCGACGACGGAAUCGAUCUUCUGCCUUUUUCACACUUCCAACUACGCGCGGGUGAUAUUGCUCUGUUCCAAGGUGAAGGAAAAGAGGAAAGAGGUGAAGAAUAUGGUCAUGACAGCAACAGCGACUUCGACCUCUCUACCUUUUCACACUUCCAACUGCUCCCGGGUGAGAUCCGACAGAAGAUCUACGACUAUGUGUUCGAAAACUUUGGAGCGCUGAUCGAGCGAGAUAGAAGCAACAAGCAAAGCAAAUGCCCAAGUCCGUACAGGCUGACCCAUAGGUACCCUCAAUUGAACAGACACCACAUGCCUUCCAAGGAACGCCUGCCCCUGGGACUUGUGUUUUCUUGUAAACGCAUCUACAACGAAACAAUCCUCCAACUCUACAAACACACCUGCUUCACCUUCGACACGACCAAAGCUCUCCGCCGCUUCCUGCAAAAAGUCAGCCCAGAAGCAAAGGCCGUCAUCCAACGCGUGCAACUCAAACACAUAUUCCACAACAGAACACACCUAGAAAGCAACAGAAUAUGGCAGCUCAAAAGCAACGCCGCUUGGAAAGCCGUCUGCCAACGCAUGGCGGACGAAUUCACAUCCCUCCGCCGUCUCUACAUUGAAGUUACCGUCCCCCGGACUACACGACUAACAGUGAAUGAGCCCUGGUGCGAACCCUACAUGACUUUCUGUGGACCCGACGGCAAAGGCCGACUGGAGUGGGUGCAUGCCUGGGCACAGAUCGUGGUCAGUGGGCACAUCGUCCCUCGUGCGCUCAAUGCGUACAAGCAGUCCCUUUCUCCGAGACUGCAUGCUGUUAGUGUGGAGAUAGAGCGCCGGCUUAUGACCAAUGAUGCGUUUCAGAAGAAGCAGCUUGCUGAUAUGGGAGAGCAGAAAGGUAAUGUGAUGGUGGCUUACAUAGCCGAAUAA